CCCUCCCCACUGCAUAAUACGCAUGCUUCCAUUCAAUGUAGGUAGGUACAUGCCGCGGUGGGCGGCGCCUGUACCCCAGGUAGCUAUGUACAUAUGUAUUUAGUUGAACCUGGCCUUUUCAACGGACGAUCCCCCGAAGAGGUCUAAUAACCAUUGCUCGUCCACCCCGUCCGCCCAUCUUCGUAUGCGAAGUUCAUGUCACCUCUUCACGACCCGGAUCGGCCACUUUGCCUCGACCCCCCAAACCCGUCCUCCCCACGAGAAAUACCAGCAUGCAAAGCUCGAUGCUCGUUUGAGAUGGGCAUGGAGGCUGGCUUGUAGGAAGACUCUGCCAUUGCUUCUUUACUCCUAGUUCUUGUAUAAUACCGGUUUUCAUUGUACUUCGCGGGCUGUUUAUUUCGAUGCUAGUCUAAUUUGCCGUCAUUAUACUCGGAGAUGGAUACCCCAAAUGCGACGUGGCAUCCAGCCAUGAUGCCAAACACUCAUCGCCCCAAGCAACAAGCCUCAGAUCCUGACCCGUCGCCAAAUCAACCCGUGUUGCCUAGUAGCGAGCAAUCUUUCGAGCACCCCCCUAAAGAUGUAUCAGAUGCCGAGGUACCACAGCACGCUCCCCAACCUCAAGACUCGAGCGAUGGCGCAUUCCUGGGCCAAUUCGAUGGGGAGGAGGAUGCUGCGGGGGACGUCGCGUGGGAUCUCUCGAAUCCGUCCCAUCCGUCCUCUGCUCUGGCUGAGCAAGGUGGCGACGACCAUGCCUUCGCCUCUCGUGACGAACCUGAUACCUUCGAACCGAAAUCGGCCCCGACCAGCAGAGCGGCCAAGCACUCUAGCACAAUAUCUUUUACGCGUACCGUGUCCCACGAUGUGAGCUUCAGUGAUGGUGACGAUAGCGAGUGGAACUUGCAGCGGGCGGAUACGGACCCGUUCAAUUUCAUGCCUCCCAGUGAGAGGUCAAAUUCGUUUCCCGUGGUGCCACAAAGAGAGGAUGCGACGGAAGAUCAGAUGGACCACCCGCCUCCGUCCAGCCAGGCCCGGGACAUCCUGGAGGAUCUGGGGAGAGACGAGUUCCAUGCCGACGCGGUCGCGCAGUCUGAUUUCCCUGGAGCUCUGGGCGAUGACCAAGACGUGAAUGCCGGUGUGGCUAUUGGAAGCUUUUCGCAACAAUACCUUGGCGGGGAUCUAGUGGGUGCUGAGGAGGACGAAUCGGAUGCUCGGUUCGAGGAGGGCCUACCGUUAAUUCCGCAUGACGAAGCGCUAGACUCGGGGGAUAACCGUGCGCAUCAGGCUUCGGACUUGGGAGAUGCCUUCGCGCGGGACGACGCAGCGGAGGGAGGAGAUGAUUUUUUCAGCCAGAUCAAUAACGAGAGCUCCCAGCUAGGCUCCGAUGGCUUCGACCGCGCCUUACAUAGGAAGUCUACGACUAUGGUAAUUAGCGAAGCUAUGCAUGCGACGACAGGGGAAAAUCAUUCCGACUCGGAAGUCCCUACUCCGACCGAGGCGCCAGGGGCGGUUAGCGACGAAGUCUACUCCGUAUCGAAGGAAGAAACGGGUGGAACCGACACGCAACCAGAAUCAUCGGACCUUGAUGCAAAGUGGGCGGCUGCGUUUGACGACGACGACGAUUUCCUCGUAGAUUCAACUGCGGAGACAAAGGAGCUGGAUCCAGCCGACAUAUUUGGUAGUGAUGACGAGGGCUUCUUGGAGGAAACGCCAGAAGAAACGGUGACGGCGCCGGCGCCUCAACCCAAUGCCAGUGUGAACGCAACCGCGCAGCCUCCGGGUGUGAAUGGACAUUACGUACCGGACGCCCUGCAACGUUCGACGCUGCCCAGCACAAACCAUUACGCUCCGGCUCCAACCGUCCCUCAAGUGCAACCGCCACAUCCUACCUAUAUCCAGCCGGCCACGGCUCCUCCGCCGGUAACGGGAGGAUACGGGGCGCCACCGCAGCCGGCUGCGCCGAAAGCUCAGAGCUUUGCUGACAAGUCCAAGGGAGGGUAUACGUCACCAUACGAUCUCCCUAUGGAGGUUGUUAAGCCGAAGAAGCGGAUCAGCAUGCAGCAGCUUCCGCGAUCUACCACGGCGACGCCCUUGGCACCGCCACCGGGUCCUCCGAGGAGUGCGAGCAUGUAUUCUCAAGUGCCGCCGCCACCUUCAGGAGGCUCGAAUGCGAGCGCGUCGCCUCCGCCCUCUAGCCACUCAAACCAGCACCCGCCCCCGACGGGCCAUCAGUCGACUCCCCCCCUCAAGUCGAAACCUAGUUUCUUUGAGGAUCUGCCGAUCGCGUCGAAGCCGCGGGCUGCAGUACGGCACGGCGGCCUCCCUUCCCCGCCGCAGCAGAGCCCGUACGGGCAACCCCAAGGCCCUCCACAUGGCCCUCCACGUGGCUCACCUCAUGGUUCGCCUCACGGCUCACCUUAUGGACCACCUCAUGGCUCGCCUUAUGGACCGCCGGUGACAUCCGCCGUCGCGCCUCCACCCCUAUCUCACCCGCCUCAGGAGAAUGCCGCCGGGAUUGCACCGCUGGUUCCGCCCGAGCGUGUUAGUCCUUAUACCGCCUUGCAGUCUAAUUCGCAGCCCCGGCCGAGUGCUCUGGGUGUGUCGAACACCAGAUAUUCCCCCGCGCCCGCACAAUUGGCAGUUUCCAAUGGAGGAGGGCAUCCCCCACCAGCUUCGAGUCGAUACUCGCCCGCUCCGCCUCUCGUUCGCUCGUCUAGUACUGGAUACGCCGCUGUUCCGUCCCCGGCGCUUGCUCAUCAACCGCGAACUUCGAGUCCUCUUGCCCAUUCUCACUUCGAAAUUUCGCAUGAAAGGCCAGUUGCGGGAGCGACAAAUGGUGACGGUAACUCGCUGUUGAAUCGUGGCGGCCCGCCUCAGCACGAACCCCGCCUCACUAGAGUGCCUUCAUUACCGCCGACAAGGGAGGUCGAUGAAGAGCAGCCUCUACGGUCCCCUCCGACAGCCCCCAAACCUCCGAUCGAGUCGAAAUACAGUCCGAGGCAAACCAGGCACACCCCGCCGCCGGUUACGUCGCCUCCGUACAAUAUCACAUCUCCCUCUAAACGCUCAGUUUCUAGUUACAUCCCAAUGUCGCCAGCUGCGGCACCACACAAGGAAGUCAACUUUGCUCCACCGCCACGGUCUCAGACGCAGUCUCCCGGGGCGCUUCACAGAAAUCAAGUCACCGGACGACAUGCUGAUCCCGUUCCUCGGCCGUCGUCGGUGCAAGGCGCAACUUCGCCUCGCGAGUCGAUACAAAAUGUUGACGCUACCCGCUCCGCUAGAGCUCGGGGUGUGUCUCAGCAUCUGAACCUCGUCCCGCCGACCGAUGGUCGAGAAUUGGAUCCCUUGCAGAGAUGGCGGGGAGCACCGGUGACCGCAUGGGGUGUGGGUGGGAUUCUCGUGUCCUCAUUUCCAACCAACGUUCCGCGUUAUGGUAUAAGCCAAGCGCUGCCGAUGAUCGUGCGAAGCCCAGGCGAGGUGAAGAUUAAACACGUUAAGGACGUCUACCCACUGGAGGAACGUUUAGCCAAAUUCCCAGGCCCCCUGAGGGGCAAGUCAAAGAAGAAAGAAACUCUGGCGUGGCUUACCGCCGGUAUUGAAAUUCUCGAGAAAGGCCUCCCCAACAUCCCGUUCCACUCGACCGCCUCGCAUGAGGAUAAGAGAGCUAUCGAGAGAGUGUUAUUGUGGAAAAUUCUCAGGGUCUUCAUCGAAAACGACGGCAUUCUCGAGGGGAAUCCCUCAGUAGUGAAAGCUGUCAGGGAGGUUAUCACUCCCGGCUUCGACAGCGAGAGCCCUGAACUAGGGUCUUCGAUCUUGACAGGUGCUAACCUAUCCGAACUCCCCUCCGCAGUGACAGGGAUACAGGCGGAUGCCGUCAAUUCUACAGCCGUAGAACAGAUUAGACACCACCUUCUAUCUGGCGACCGAGAAAAAGCUGUCUGGGCCGCGGUAGAUAAGAGGUUAUGGGGCCAUGCGAUGCUUAUAUCGAACACGAUGCAAGGUCCCGAGCUUUACAAGCAGGUUGCGCAGGAGUUCAUAAAGAAGGAAGUAAAUCAUGCGGGCCACGGUAACGAAUCACUCGCUGCCCUCUACGGCGUUCUAUCUGGGAACUUCGAGGAGUCGGUGGAUGAGCUGGUUCCGGUCCAUGCGCGGGCGGGUCUCCAGCUCAUGUCGACUUCGGCUUCUAGUGGCGCAUCGCGAGACGCACUGGCGGGAUUGGAUAAAUGGCGCGAGACGCUCGGGCUGGUGUUAAGCAAUAGGAGCUUCGGUGACGCCCAGGCCCUGAGGUCACUUGGUAACCUGCUUUCCGGAUACGGGAGAGCAGAGGCGGCUCAUAUCUGCUACAUUUUUGCAAGGAAUUCUGCUACAUUCGGCGGCCUCGAUGAUCCCAACGCCAAUUUCGUCCUCGUAGGAGCCGACCACCGUCGGCAGGCGGACCAAUUCGCCAAAGAAACCGAGGCUCUCCAGCUUAGCGAGGUUUACGAAUACGCACUUUCGCUCUCUGCUAGUUCGAAUAUUGCUCAGAGUUGCCCACACCUUGCUGCGUACAAAUUGCAGUAUGCCAUGACUCUUGCUGAAUACGGCUUCAGAGAUAAAGCUUUGCAGUAUUGCGAAGGGAUAUACAACGCGAUCACUUCUCAGACCAAGAGGUCGCCAUACUACAACCCUGUUCUCGAAUCGGUGGUCGACGACUUGAUGAGAAGACUGAAGCAGGCCCCGAAGGAAGAGUCGUCUUCGUGGAUCCCGAAGCCUAGGAUGGAUCAAGUUUCCAACAACAUGUGGAGUCGCUUUAACAAAUUCGUCGCGGGCGAUGACGAAGAUAAUUCUGGAAAUGGAGCAUCGGGCGAAGCUGGCGCCGAAUCUGGGCCUUUCGCCCGUAUAGCGGGAGGGACGCCGACGAUCAGUCGUUCUCCGUCCGUCUCGAAUUUCGAAAUAUACGGGAAUAGCGGCCCUUCACCUACCGCUCCGACUACCAAAGCUGCGUCACGCUACGCCCCUGUGGGAUCUCAAGUUUCCGGCUCCCCUUACGAUACUGCUAAUGCUUAUAACCCGGCUCCCCGGUCUUCCAUGGAGAGGACCUCGGGCGAGAUGAGCCGAAGCUCUUACGAAUUGCCGAGAAGGGGGUCCGACAUGCAUUCUGCUUACGGAAGCCCGUACACUCCUGAAUCGAAUUCUGUCCCUACUGCCGGCUAUCAGCCGAUGGCGCCGGUUGCUUCGCAGACAUCGCCAUAUUUGCCCAACUCGCAAGGAUCGGAUUCAGCUCAGCAGGGCUUAUUGCCAUCGGGUAUUUCGUUUACCGGAUACGAUCCGUAUGGCGCCGCACAAAAUUCUCCGUACUCCGGCACCUCUCAGCUAGGCGGCUCGCUAGUAACGGACUCGAAGCCGGAUGUGGCCGUGAAUGACACAAAUUCUACCCAAGGCUAUCAGCCUCCGUCGUAUGGUUAUGAGCCGCCUUCGACUAACACCGAAGAACCCACGAAACAAUCCGAAGGAUUCAGCGGCGGAUACGAACCACCUUCAUACCAACCAUCUAGCUUCGAGCCACCGUCUUACGAGCCAGGCCCCGCGGAUGACGAGGAGGACUCCCCCACAGGGUCAAAGCCAAAGAAGAAGAGCUUCUUUGAUGACGACGAAGAUGAUAUACCUAGUGUGAAGCCGCGGGAAAAGUCCAAGGCGGAGAGGGAUCGGGAGAACGAGGAGAUGGUGCGAAAGGUAGCCGAGGAAGAAGCGAAACGAGCUGCCGAAGCAAAGGCAUUCAAGAAAGGCUGGGGCUUCGGAGGGUGGUUCGGCGGUGGAGGCAAGAAGGAGUCGGCCGACCUCUCCAACCCCAACAAACCUAUUAAGGCCAAGCUAGGUGAAGCCAGCACCUUUGUGUAUGACCCCGAGCUCAAGCGCUGGGUCAACAAGAAGCCGGGAGCCGAGAAUACCCCCGCCAAAGCAGCAACGCCACCACCGCCUCGCGCCGCCUCUGGUCUCGGUACUCCUCCACCGCAUGGUCCCACAUCGGCUCCAGCGGGAGGGUUAAAUACCCCUCCCGCCGGCCCUCCCAUGGGCCCCCCCACCGGCCCUCCUCGCACUCAGCUUUCCCCCUCGCCGGCCUUGCUAAGCCACGCGGAUUCCGAAGAGAGCCUUAGCGUUCCCAGCGCCCCGCCAAUGAUGCGGUCGGCUUCGAACCAGAGUACCGUCAGCGCCGCCGUCGGACCUCCGAGCGCGCCGCCUAGCAGGCCGGCUACGAGCCUGAGCAACGCGAGCAGCAUCGACGACCUGCUCGGGGCGGCAGGCCCGCGGAAGGGCGGGAAGAAGGCGCGGAAGUCGGGGCGCUAUAUCGACGUCAUGGCGAAGUAGACGGAGGAGGAAGAGGAGGAGUCUUCUUCUUCACGAAAUCACGACUUGACGGUAUUUUUUGGAGGAAAAAGGAUCACGGACGACGAGGGAAACGGGCGGAGAGAAGACGAAGAAGAGACGAAUGUGCGCACACGUGUGAUUUACGAACUAGGGUCUUGCGGGCGGGGAUGGGGAGAAAGACCCGCGAGCACGAGGACGGAGGAGACGAACGACGGAACGAGAGCGGGGCAAGCAAGACGUGCUUGUGGUAGCCGGGCUCGGUAUUAUCAGCUAUCCAGUUAGAAGAGAGAGAGAGAGCGCGUGCGGGAGAGAGGGAGAGAGAGAGCACCACGCAUGGGACGUGGCUGGGGAUCGUGCCGCACCGUGCGUAGUUACCUAUACACAACCACUGUACUAUAGACGUAAAUUAGUAUGUAUGACCGUUGUAAUGCGGGCCGUCGAGCCCCUCCCUUUCGUUUGCUGUUACAGGC